CAGGAAGAAGUCUCGCGAGACUUGCUUGCUACCUUUGUGUGUGGUGUGUCGUCUGAACGUGCAGAUUCUAAUUUCGUGUCCCGAACUCUCCAGGCUCGGUACCGGACACGCACCAGAGCACCCCGACCCCAGACCGGCACACCUAAGUCGCUUCGACAGAAGCAGCAAACGACCCGACUGGUUUCCAUGGCACUGAGACGUGGACACAUCAGGUAUCUGAAGGUGUGUGAGGUCCAGCCGUCUCAGAGUGACCUCCAGCUCGCCUCCAAAGGAGCUGCUGUGAAGGAGCUGUAUGAUAACGACUUCACGGAGCAGAUGAUGGAGGAGGAGGACUCUAGGACCAACCUGAUCGUGAACUACCUGCCUCAGAGCAUGAGUCAGGACGAGCUGCGCAGUCUGUUCAGCAGCGUCGGAGUCGUGGAGUCUGCCAAACUGAUCCGGGAUAAAGUAGCAGGCCACAGUUUAGGUUACGGCUUUGUUAACUUUGUUAACCAUAGUGAUGCAGAGAGGGCUAUCAGUACCCUCAAUGGCCUGAGGCUACAGUCUAAAACUAUCAAGGUAACGUGCUCCAGGAGCUCUUUGACUUUCCUGUUUCUACUGCUAGAUGUGUUGUGUUCCUGGACAGUAGGGGGCGCUCUCGACUGGCAGAUAAAGGUUUCGUUUGCACGACCAAGUUCAGACAUGAUCAAGGAUGCAAACCUGUACAUCAGCAGUUUGCCCAGAACUGUGAGUCAGCAGGACCUGGAAGACAUGUUUGCUCCUUUUGGACGCAUCAUCAACUCAAGAGUUUUGGUGGACCAGGCUUCAGGUCUAUCUCGAGGCGUUGCCUUCAUUCGCUUCGAUAAGCGAGCUGAGGCUGAGGACGCCAUCAAGCACCUGAACGGACACGUGCCCCCUGGCAGCUCUGAGCCAAUCAUUGUUAAAUUUGCAGCCAAUCCCAAUCAAGGCAGGAACUCUCCGAUGAUGUCACAGGCAUACCACGGCCAAUCACGUCGCUUUGGAGGUCCGGUCCAUCACCAGGCACACAGGUUCAGGUUUUCACCAAUGAGUGUUGACCAUAUGAGUGAAGGGGGAGGAGCUUCUGGGAACUCCUCUCCUGGUUGGUGCAUCUUCAUCUACAACCUGGGUCAGGAGGCAGAUGAGGCCAUGCUGUGGCAGAUGUUUGGGCCGUUCGGUGCCGUCGUCAACGUGAAGGUGAUCCGAGACUUCAACACCACCAAGUGCAAAGGCUUUGGCUUCGUUACCAUGGCGAACUACGAGGAGGCUGCCAUGGCAAUCCACAGCCUGAAUGGGUACCGGCUGGACGACAGAGUCCUCCAAGUGUCCUUCAAAACCAACAAAGGACACAAGUAAGGGGGGUGGGGGGGUUGCCAGUGAGUGGGUGGAGCUUAUAUAUUUGAAAUAGUUUUUUGGCUCUUUUUUUAUUUCAUCUGUUGCAUAACUGAAGACUUUUCUGUGGACAGCAGUCGUCGGUGGACUGUCCCGACCUCCAGUGUUUGACUUCAGCAGCCUUUCAUCACCACGGGUGUAGAGCGUUAGGUUUUAAAUUCCUGUAGAAGUUGUGCCAUGGUGAUGCCGGGUGGAGAACAACCCUUUUAAACCACCAUGUACGCUUGUCUGACUGUUAUUCUGUAAUAAAUGUGCUCAUGGUGAACGA